AUGCAACUUUUCUCAUCAUCACCUCCUUUCUGUUCAGCUCUGCACUCAGACUUUGGACUAGUCUUGAUACCAAUCCUUCUGCUCUUGGGCUUGUUCCUUAUCCAAUGGCAGUACCCCAGAUUCUACAGGCGCCUCCCCCCUGGUUCAAUGGGUUGGCCGUUUUUUGGAGAGACUUUCGAGCUCUACACUGAAAAUCCAAAUUCUUUCUUCUCAGUCCGGCAGAAACGGUAUGGGAGUAUAUUCAAGAGCCAUGUUUUGGGGUGUCCCUGUGUGAUGAUAACGAGCCCAGAAGCAGCAAAAAUGGUACUGGUGACUCAAGCUCAUCUCUUUAAGCCAACUUACCCUGUAGGCAAAGAGAGGAUGAUAGGGCCGGAAGCUAUAUUCUUCCACCAAGGGGCCUAUCACUCGAAGCUAAAGAAGGUGGUUCAGGCUUCACUUUUGCCCUCUGCAAUAAAAGGUUCAGUCUCAGAGAUUGAGCAAAUUGUUCUAAAGCUACUUCCCACAUGGAAGAAGAACACCAUUAACACUUUGCAAGAGAUGAAGAGGUAUGCUUUCGAUGUGGCAAUGAUUUCAGUUUUAGGCAACAAAAGGGGGAUUGAAGGGGAAGGGAUUAAACAUCUGUAUCAUUGCAUUGAGAAGGGUUAUAAUUCCAUGGCUCUUGAUCUACCUGGAACUCCCUUCCACAAAGCCAUGAAGGCAAGGAAGCUUCUGAAUAAGACAUUGAGAGAACUGAUACAAAAGAGAAGGGAGAGUGGUGAUGUGCAAAGUGGUGGAUUGCUGCAAGACCUGUUGAGAGCAAAAGAUCAGAAACUUAAGCUGAACCUCAGUGAUUCUCAAAUUGCUGAUAAUAUCAUUGGAGUUAUCUUUGCUGCUCAUGAUACCACUGCUAGCGUUCUAACAUGGCUCCUGAAGUAUCUUCAUGACAAUGACGAUCUCCUAGAACGUGUUACGAGGGAACAAGAAGCAAUUCAACGAAAAAUGUUGAUUGAGAAACGGGGGUUUACGUGGGAUGAUACUAGACGUAUGCCUUUGACAAAUCAGGUGAUUCAAGAGACUCUAAGAACAGCAAGUAUACUGUCAUUCACAUUCAGAGAGGCAGUGGAAGACGUGGAGUUUGAGGGAUACUUUAUCCCUAGAGGUUGGAAGGUGCUGCCUCUUUUCAGAAGCAUCCAUCACUGUGCAGAUUUCUUCCCUCAGCCUGAGAAGUUUGACCCUUCAAGAUUUGAGGUUCCACCUCGACCCAACACUUUCAUGCCCUUUGGAAAUGGCGUGCAUUCCUGUCCAGGCAGCGAGCUUGCCAAGAUUGAGAUGCUGAUCCUCCUCCACCACCUCACAACUACUUACAGGUGGCACCUGAUGAGCCACGACGAUGGGAUUGAGUAUGGUCCUUUCCCAGUUCCCAAACAGGGAUUACCUAUCAAAGUGACUCUCAGGAACAAGAAUAAGACCUGA